UUCCUGUCAGCUGUGUGGAAUGUGAGACGCAAACAGCAUCAGAGGCUCCAGCCGCUUUCCCCUCUCACUGCUGUCCAGAGCUCCUCCGGCUGCUCCUCUGAUCGUGUCCAAGGUGCCUAGCCAAAGGAUGUCCUCCACCCCAGAUGGGCCCACCCUCCUGCUCACCACGCUGUCCUCCUUCCCUUCUUCCAUCCCGGCCGCCACGUCUGCAGAUUCAAAUGCCACCUCGUGCCAGGAGUGGGAGCAGACCCACCACCUGCUAUUCCAUGUGGGAAACCUGUCCCUGCUGUUGGGCCUGGCCAUCCCGACUACCUUGGCUCUGCACAUGAUCAUGCUGCGCCUCCUCCUGACAACAGGAUGUGGUUUAUUCAUCGCGUGGGCCACGCUGUUCAGGUGCAACAUGGAUCUAAUGGUUUGGAACGUGGUCUUCCUGGUGAUCAACUUCGUGCACCUUUUCUACCUGUUGUAUAAACGCAGGCCGAUUAAGAUUGACAGGGAGCUGCGGUCAGUCUACAAGAGGAUGUUUGAGCCUCUGCAUGUGCAGGAGGCUUUGUUCCAGCGACUCACGGGACAGUUCUGCACCAUUCAGACGCUGAAGAAAGGCCAGGCCUACGCUGCUGAGGACAAGACGUCUGUAGACGAACGCCUCAGCAUUCUGCUCAAAGGAAAGAUGAAAGUUUCAUACCGAGGCCACUUUCUGCACAACAUCUAUACCAACGCAUUCAUUGACUCUCCAGAGUUCAGGUCCACUGAGAUGCACCGAGGAGAGAAGUUUCAGGUGACCAUCAUGGCAGAAGAGAACUGCAAGUUCCUGUGUUGGUCGCGAGAGAGACUUACCUAUUUCCUGGAGUCAGACACUUUCCUUAAUGAGGUUUUCAGGUUCCUCAUCGGCAAAGAUAUCACCAACAAACUGUACUCUCUGAAUGAUGCCACACUCAGCGACAAGGCUGUGAAGAAAAUGGACCGACAGCCCAGCCUGUGCUCCCAGCUGUCUAUGACGCAGGUGAGAAACAGCAUGGCGAGCAGCAGUGACACCGACGAUGUUCUCAACCAGAUCCUACGAGGUGGAUCUGCUGGAUCAUCACUCCAGAUUUCACCCGGCACCAAAGCAUCCUCAAAAAUGAAUCCUAUAGAAGAAGGCAUGGAGGAUGAUGUGUUUGAAGAAUCGGCCUCGUCUGACCACAUGCCCAACACUUCCACUGAGAAUGUGUAGCCAGCAGCGCCCACAGGGGCAUGCUAUGGAGUCCAACACAGCUGACACAACUUUCCUUGUGUUAGCUUGAGGGAACGCAAAGCCCCAUCAGACACGAUGGGUAUCAUGACGGUGGUUGUCAACUUAUGUUUCCUCACAUAAAAAUGUGCAUCUCAUGUGUCAUAUGUCUUUUCAUCCCUGUGACUGCAACAUACUAAUUAGGAGAUGUUAUCAGAGAAGAAUCUUUAAAAAACUUCAAAAAUAUAACUAAAAUGUAAUAUUGUUGCAAAUAGGACCAAAGUUAAUGCUGCAAACAUCUUUAAUACAGUGAUUUAGCACAAAGUAAACCUUUUUAAUUGAGAUAAUAUAUUUAUUUUACCCCUGAGUGCGCUCUAAAGCAGAAACUUCAAACUGGAUCGAUAGCGUAAUAAAGGCUAUAGGAGCAGUUCAGGCAGUGUAAAGGAGACACGUAAAUCUCAGAAGGUUGAUUAUGUUCUCUCACUGAAAACAUCCAGAUGAACAGAAUCAACCUUUAAAGUAUAAAAACAUUUAUAUAUUUUCUGCAUCACCACCUGAGACAUACAACUUAACAUAUAAAAUUUAUUCUCCCAGCAAAGAAUCAUUUGAAAGAAUCCUUUUAAGAAUCAGUGAAACGUGGUACUAACUCAUUUUAAUCUGAAACUCUAAACCACGGAGUUUACAAAGACAGCCACUGUCAUCAUGCAAACCUCUGUGUUUAAGCCCAACAUAGCUCACUAACCCUUAAUCUUGCUUCAUAGCACAUCACUCAGAUCUAUAGUCUAUAGAUAUGUUUAGCACUAACUGGGAUAGCUGCAGCUCAGGAGGCAGAGCAGAUGGUCUAUGGUUGGCUGGUUUGAUCCCUGGCUGAUCUCCAGUCUGCACGCUGAAGUAUCCUCAGGCAAGAUACAAAACCCAGAGUUGCUCUCUGAUGCACUCAUCAGAAUAUGAAUGUGUCAUUGUUAGAUAGAAAGCACUUAGGCUUAGAAGGUCUUGCAUGAGCGGAUGUGAAUAGAUGACUGAGGCAUGCUAUAUUGACUUUGAGUGCUCAAGUAGAAACUGUUCAUUUACCAUCAGUGCAUAUUUGUCUCAGACCUGAACAAACAGCAGCAAAGUUGAUACAUUAUGUCAUAUUACACUAUAAUGUUCUUAGUUCUUACUACAAUUGUUUCAUUUGGAGUUCACUGUGUAUUAAAUGUAUGUGAUCACAUGUAUGUACAGUGCAUCCAGAAGGUAUUCACAGCUAGUUCCAUAUCCUGUCAUGUUACGGUGCUUUUCCACCCUAAAACCCUACACACAUACCCCGCAGUGACAAAGGGGAAAAUGUUGGCUUGAAAAUUCUUCAAAAUGUAUUAAAAAAAUCAAAAACUAA